UGCGGCCCGUCAGCCCGGCCGGUGCGGGGGCGCCGGGUAGGGCCGCUUCAGGCCCGGCUGGGGCUCCCCAUGCUCGUCCCCGAGCACCCCAAGGUCGUCCCCGCGGGGAGCCGGCCUUCCCUCGGCCUGCCCGGGCCCUCCGGCCUCCCCCCGGGCCUGCCAGCCCUGGCCUUCCCUCUGUGGGGGUUAUUUAUUAUAUAUAGAUUUUUUUUUUUUUCCCUCACCCCUUCCUUAUCUCCCCCCGGCCGGCUCCGCACCCACCCCCUGGGAGCGGGGGGGGGUCGGGCUGCCGGCGGCGGUUGGCAGUGAUAAUCCCCCCCCCUUCUUCCCCCCCCUCUCUCGGUGGUUGGGGCCCUGAAAGCCGUCGGGGCCGGGCCCGGGCAGGAUAAGCUGCUCUCCCCCCGCCUGGCGCAGGACCAGCGGGCAAGGCCGAGGUUGGCGUGAGGGGCAGCAUCCCCUGGGCAAGGCCAAGGUGGGGGACACUUCCUUCAUCUUCACCCUCUUCCCUUGAGAGGUUGAGGAGUUUGAGGCAGUGGGGUGGGAAAUCGAACCUCGGGGGUGCCCAGGGCUGAGUCCCCCCAAGAUACCGCCGGCGUCUCCAGCAGCACUAUUGAUGGCAGGAGGCAAAGUCACGGGCAGAUUGUCCUGUGACCAUGGUCUGAAAAUGGAGGCGAGCUGGUUGCUGCCCGGGGAGAGGGCUUCGUGCCUCCAGUUGUGUGGGAAGAGCCCUCAGACCUGCGUGUGGAGCGGGACUCCCGGCACCCGGGGCUUCCUCUGACCAGAACUUUUAAAUCCCGGCCUUUCUGUGUUGAAAACAAGAGUUCCUGUCGUGCACCGGCAACCGAUGUGACCGCUCCUUCCUCCUCCUCCUCCUCAGCUCCUGGAGACCCUCGUACUCGCAGGGCAGCAGGAGGCCUGGCAGCAAAAGUUUCUCUCUGCUCAAGGACUCUUGCCUUUUGCAUCGAAGAUGGCGGGUGGCGUGGACGGCCCCAUAGGGAUCCCGUUCCCCGAUCACAGCAGCGACAUCCUCAGCAGCCUGAAUGAGCAGAGAAACAACGGGCUGUUGUGCGACGUGGUCAUCUUGGUGGAAGGCCAGGAGUUCCCCACCCACCGCUCCGUCCUGGCGGCCUGCAGCCAGUACUUCAAGAAGCUCUUCACCUCAGGGUUAGUGGUGGACCAGCAAAACGUGUAUGAGAUAGACUUUGUGAGCGCGGAUGCCUUGUCGGCUCUGCUGGAGUUCGCUUACACCGCGACCCUUACUGUCAGCACUUCAAAUGUCAACGACAUCCUCAAUGCCGCCACACUGCUGGAGAUCCCGGCGGUAAGGGAUGUUUGCACGGAUCUCCUGGACAGGAAGAUUCUGGCCAAAAAUGACCAGAUGGAUACAGUAGAUCAAAUUGAUCAAAGGAACCAUCUCAGAGCAAAAGAGUACCUGGAGUUCUUCCAGAGCAACCCCGUCAAUGGCCACCAAGGCAGCUUUCCGUGGACCAACCCAGAGUUGAGAGACCUUCAGAGACUGAACUUCCGAGGCCAAGAGGAGGAGGAGGAGCCGGACUGCAAUGGCCUAGACUUCUACUCGCAAGCCCCCCUAAACGAAAGACCAAAGGCGAAUGACUGUGAUCCUGAGAGCAGCAACCCAGCCAUGUGGCUGGACAGAGAGGAGGAGGAGGUGGCUCCUGGCUCCAUGUUUUCACCUUCUCAGAACGGACAUUACAGCGGCCGUGGCCUGCCCACACCGGGAGAAGAGGAGGGGACCCCAGGGGGGCCUCUGGACCAGCAGGAAGCCGGUGACUCCCCUGGUUUCGUUGCUGCUGGAGCGGAGACGGAGGAUGACACCAGGGAGGUGGAUGGUUUGGCCGCCAGCGCCCUGCUGCAGCAGAUGAUGAAUUCCGUGGGGAGACAGCAGCUCGGGGAAGACGACCGAAAGGACGACGACGGGGUGAUGGAUUAUUACUUGAAAUAUUUCAGCAGUUCAAACGAGGGCGACGUCUACCCUUCCUGGUCGCAGAAAGUGGAGAAGAAGAUCAGGGCAAAAGCAUUCCAAAAGUGCCCCAUCUGUGAGAAGGUGAUCCAGGGGGCUGGCAAGCUGCCGCGCCACAUCCGCACCCACACCGGGGAGAAGCCCUACGAAUGCAACAUCUGCAAAGUCCGAUUCACCAGGCAGGACAAGCUGAAGGUCCACAUGCGGAAGCACACGGGGGAGAAGCCCUACCUGUGCCAGCAGUGCGGCGCCGCCUUCGCUCACAACUACGACUUGAAGAACCACAUGCGCGUCCACACCGGGCUGCGGCCCUACCAGUGCGACAGCUGCUUCAAGACUUUCGUCCGCUCCGACCACUUGCACAGGCACCUUAAAAAAGAUGGAUGCAACGGGAUUCCAUCCAGGAGAGGUCGGAAACCCCGGGUGAGGGAUGCCGGGGGUUUGGCCAGUACCCCUACGGGGAACCCCGAAGAUGGAAGUUAUCAAGCUGGUGGGGAGAGUCAAGAAUCGGAGGACAUCAAGCCGGUGGUGAGAAUCAAGAAGGAGAGGGACGACGAGGAGGAGCAGCAGCACUUUGAGGAGAAUUCAAAUAAUGAAGCAUCAGGAUUGAAUGUAGCAGGAGGGUCGGCUGAGGGUAACACGCAAGGACUCUCCUAAACCAAAAAAAAAAAAAACAAACAAAAAAAA